CGCAGAUAGUCUCCAAAGCUGAUUGUGGUUCAGUUCCCGCUGGUACGGUACCACAACAAAGUCUGGGCAGAUGUGCGGGGAACCCAACACCAUUCCAUGGUUCGACCUGGUGGAGUGACCAUGCGGAAGAUGCAGUCUGAGGAAUGCAAUACGUGGAUAUGGAUUCUCCUAUGCAACCGAACAAAGUAAAUGGAGGCCUUGCAUCCUGUUUCCACGCCCAACGCAACACCCCCUUACAGCUACUCGGUUUCGGCGUCUACCGGAACCAUACAUUGAUAUAUUGAUGAGCGGAUCUCGUAGCAGAAUAUCUGGAGAACACUCCUCCGUACACUUCGUCUUCGGAAAUGGCAGUCCAGGGCACUCACGAAACGAAAGACAGUAUCACCCACCUCGAGCAAACAACCCCUAUCCCCGAACCUCGCAAUGUCGACACAGCCGCCAAAUGGCUCGCAGACACACAUAUCGACAACACGCCAUUCAGCUACGAGGAAGAGCGCGCAGUGCUGAAGCGCAUCGACUACCGCGUCCUCCCCCUUCUGCUAGGCGCAUACUUCUUCCAGCAACUCGACAAGUCUUCCCUCUCGUACGUGUCCAUCUUCGGCCUCCAGAAGGAUGCUGGUCUUGUGGGCCGACAGUACUCUUGGCUUGGGUCGAUUCUGUACCUCGCUCAACUGGUUAUGCAGCCGCUCGCUGCUUUCCUGCUGGUUAAGCUGCCCACGGGGAAAGUUAUUGCGGGCGCUAUAUUUCUUUGGGGAAGUAGCUUGGCUAUGAUGGCUGCUUGUACGGAUUUUCGAAGUCUUCUUGGCCUGCGGUUCGUGCUUGGGACUUUCGAGGCUAUGAUUGCGCCGGCCUGUGUAGCGACAACGUCCAUGUGGUGGCGGCGAUCCGAACAGACUCUGCGCACGGCGUACUGGAACGCCAUGAAUGGUGUGACCUACAUUGUCGGCAGUUUGUUUACCUACGGUCUUGGACACAUCAGUAGCGACGUGAUGCACAAGUACCAAAUCAUCUUCUUGUUCUGCGGUCUCUUGACGGUAGUAUAUUCCCUAGUUGUACUUGUCCUCAUGCCAGAUUCGCCCAUGAAAGCAAAAUAUCUCACGGAGCGCGAGAAAAUCAUUGCAAUAGAGCGUCUGAGGGCGAACCAGAUGGGCAUCCAAUCAGGCCACUGGCGAUGGGAUCAAGUCUGGGAGACGUUCUACGACUUCAAAACCUGGUGCUGGUUCCUCGCCAUCGUAGCCAUCUCAAUCGCAAGCGGCGGCAUAUCCACCUUCGGCAGCCUGAUCAUCAAAGACUUCGGGUACACGAACUUCGAAGCAAUCCUCUUCAACAUUCCCUUUGGCGUCAUCCAGAUCGUCGCCAUCCUAGCUUCCAGCUACGGCGCCACUCGCUUCAAGCGCAAAGGCAUGGCCAUCGCACUCGUCGCCAUCCUGCCUGUCAUUGGCACCGUCAUGAUGUUAACCGUGCCGCGCAAGCACAAGGGCGUCCUGCUCUUCGGAUACUACCUCGUCUCGUGCCUCGCGGCCAUCACGCCCAUCAUCUACACCUGGCACGUGCAGAACACGGCGGGCGAUACGAAGAAGAAAUGCACGUCUGCGAUGGUGUUUAUUGGUAUGUGCACUGGUAAUGUUAUCGGCCCACUGCUGUACUCUGUCGAUGACGCGCCGCUUUACCGUCCUGGUUUGAUCUCGAAUCUGGUCAUGUUCGUUCUCGUUGGCAUUAUUGCGCUGCUUAUCCCCGUGUAUCUCGCUCUGCUGAAUAAGAGGCAUGCGUUGAGGCGGGAGGAGCUGGGGAAGUCGGCCGUUAGACUGGAUGAGUCGAUGCUGAAGAAGGAGGAAAUCACUCAGGUGAAGGGUGUUGAGAUGGAGAGUGGGGAGGCGCCAGGUCUAGAGCGGGACAAUGGAUUUCUGGACUUGACGGAUAUGAAGAAUGAAGAUUUCAUCUAUGUGUAUUAG